AUGGCGACCGCAUCGUUCGGCUUCUGGGUGCCGGAAAUUUUGGGCUUCUUCCAUGCCGUCGAUUUCGACACCGAGCUACGCGCCUACCGCGCCGUCGCCGCCGUCCCAGCCCUUUCCAGCCGCAUCUGCCCCUUCUACGGGGUCUACGAGGGUGUCGGCGAGCUAUUCGACACCUAUUCCUCCCCCGCAUACUACUCCCGCGCUUUGCGCCUACACAUCUUGCCGGGCGCUACCCUGUGGGACGCAUUUGACCCGCUACCAUCCGCUAACGAGCGUGGGCGCCUACAGCUUUACUUGCGCGAGACACUUCGUCUACUGCACUACGAGGCCAGAGUCUGUCACCGUGACAUUAAGGAGGACAACAUAUUCAUCUGCGGAAACGACGCUUGGCUUCUCGACUUUGGCAAGGCCGAAAUCCGUGCCGACGACGAGACCAACCAGCAGUGGCAGCUUCGCACGCGAGAGGACGACGACUGCCUCGAUAGCAUCUUCGCCGAAGCCAGUUCUAGCGAGGCUGCGAACGAGCUGGAAGCCCUACUCGAUGGCUUUGACGCCAACGAUGCCAGCCAACAAGCCACUCUUACUUCCCUUACAGCCCGCUUACGGCCAUGCCAUGCUGACAAGUCCCUUCUGGACCGCCUGUGUGUCAUCGUUCCUGCUCCAUCCCCUGAGCUCGCCUGUCACAUAGCAAGACUUCUAUCGGCCCGGCACAGUUAUACCAAAGCCCUGAGUAUCCUUGACGCCGCCAUCUCCCGCCAAAUGGCUGCCGCAGCCGGUAAUAAAGCUAGCCAGGAGGUGCUGCUCGACAUGCUUACACAAGCUGCUACAUGUGCCUGCUGGGCUGAACUCGGACGAACCGGCCCCUGCACACCGUCUGCAAGCUCUCUGUACCAAAAGGCCAUUGCUUUGGCAGCCCGACUCAACGCCACCAAGCUAAUGCGGUUGCGCCUCGACUUUGCCAAGCAUCUGCAGUACCGCGGAGAGCACGGCAAAAUGCUGCAUUUACUCGAACAUUAUAUCUUACCGGAUGCAGGCCAAAGGCCUGGUGAAGAUGAUGAUGGGAAAAUGGCUAAAGAGAUAUGGAGAGUUGUUAACACGACGGCAAUCAGGUUAGGUGAACGGGAGCACGCCCUCAGAGGUCAAGCUGAGAAGAUUCUCAAGAUGCUAUAA